AUGACUUACCAGGAGUCCUUCGUUUUCAGCAUGACUUUCGUCAAACACUCUGCUGCCCUUGCAGUACUAAUUGCUGCUGUUGGAGCCAGUCCCGCAGCUCAAAAUCUUGAUUUCGCUGCUCUUGACGCCGCUCCGACAGUACCCAGUGGGCCUUCGAUCAUUCCACAUGUCGAUGGCGUCGAGACGGCUUCUAUCCUGUCCAGUGUUGCCAUUACUGGUGUAGCCACGGCAGCGACUACUGGAGUUGCUAAGCGCGACGACGCAUAUACACCGUACUAUCCGGCUUUGGCAACCGGUUACACCACAGAUCCGGCUUUGACCAAGACUGCUACAGCUCCAGGAGCUUGUGCCACCCAGCCCGAGGCCGGCACCUAUUGUGGCUUCAUCAACCCGUUAGACCCUUGUGCACCUCAGCCAGACGGCUAUGGUCCAGUUCCAACUCCAGACACUGCAUCCGCAUUUCUCGCCCAUCCUCCCUUCCACUCCUCAGCAAAAGCGGCGCCAACGAAAGUGCCAUCGACAAACAAUACCCAAUAUACUCAAGCCGUUGCCGGACAGUCGUACCUCGCUCUUUUCACCCUGAAGACCUACGACGUCUCCACCUGUGCCGCAAAGUGCGAUUCCUGGAAUCUCUGCACGGCGUUCAACAUCUUCUUCGAGCGUGACCCUUCCCUCAAUCCCACCAACAACGAUUCAACUUACGACCCAGGCUACCCAACCGUUUGGGGGCAAAAUUGCCCCAAUCCCCCUUCGAUGACGAGCAUCAAGUGUACGCUAUGGGGUUCCAACAUCGACGCCAGCAUGGCCACCAACAAUGGGCAGAAACGCGAAGAUUUCGAAAUCGUCAUCACCGGGAGCGACGGAUAUGAUAAAACCAACGUCGUCACUCCACCCGACUGCAGUGCUCCUUCGGGACCAACUCCAACCUCCACGCGAACAACCACCACUCCCAAGUCCACGACCCCAGCAAAGCCCCCCACCUGGCCCUGGGGAAAACCCAAGAACUGCGGUGGUCGAGCCAUCAACGCUCCCAGACAACACAUGGGCUCUCGCUUCAUUCCGGGACCUUUCAACCCACAAGUCUGCUCCGACUACGCGAUUCUCCAAAAUCAGGCUAACCAGAGGGCGGGCAAGCCGCAGUGCAAGAUGUUCAAUGCUUACUAUUUGCACAAGAAUGGUGUGCCGUAUGGAACUUACUGCUCGAUUUAUUCGCAUUCGUUGGAGAGCGCGUGGGCGACGGCGAAUAAGGUCCAGUGGGAGCGGGGAGAUAGAUCUGCGUGGUGGCUGAAAAUGUAG